AGUAUCAUGAAGCUUCUAGUGUUCAGUAUAUUCGUUUUUGCACUGGCAAAAGCAGACCCCGGCGACCAAGAUGUUGAAAUACAGCAAGUGGAAGUGAUCGAAAUACCCUGGCAAGACAAUCUACCGCAACUAGGAGACAUUCCACCCAUCGAAUACGCUCCUCCAAAGCAGGACUCUAGUCCUCCCCAGCAGGAGUACGGGCCUCCGAAGCAAGAAUACGGGCCGCCCCAGCAGGAGUACGGACCACCGAAGCCGAUUUACGGGCCACCUCCGGAACUUACCACUACGGAAUCGGCAGAAACCACCACUACGGAGCUACCUACAACGACUGUGAUCAGCGUUAAUAGUACCAGUAACAGUACUAGUAAUAGUACCAGGGCAAGAUUGCAGAUUGAUGAUUCUGUUGACAGGGGCGUGUAUUAUAUUUACCAUCCCAGUGGGGCUCUGCAAAAGGUGGUUUACUCUACUAAGGACGACCUGAAGAAUAUGGAGUACAGCGCACAGUUAAAAUACCAGAAUGUUGAACCGAUCAGGGGUCCUGUUUAUACUUACGAUCCGGAGACAUAUCUUUUCAGUAGAGUUAAUAGGAGAUAAAUGAGAAAUGUGAUGUAGUAAACUAAUUUUCCGAUAAUUUAUUACAGUUAAAUAUAUGAAAUCGUUUAAAAAUGAUAUUAUUUCGCUUAAUUAUACUUAACUGAACCUGUUAUUUAAUAAAGUCUGCAUUGUAGAAAGAACAAAUAUCAAAAUGUGUAACCCUUGAAAGUUAAUAAUUAAAAUUCAUCUAACUUUUAUUAAUCACGCAUUUGAACGUAAAAGAAAAGUAUGUUUUAUACAGUUGUGAGUAUACCAAUUAUCUUUAGUUACGAAUUUGUUCUCGAAAAUGAUGAAAUAUAAAAAUAAUAAUGUAACAUGACAUAAUUGGAAAAAAUAUCUGCAAAAUACUGUCCCAAAACAUAUUUUUUUGGGAAAUUACAUUGUAUCAACUUAGACCUAUAAUAAUAGUACCUUUUUUGAAUAAUCUUUCAAUUGUUAAUUUCAAUCUUUAAUUUUUUGAAGAAUCAGAUAUAAAAUAGUUAUCAUGAAUUUUGUAAUGGAGUCCAUUUAAUCCUUCUAGAGUUUUAGAAAUUAAGUUUAGAAUUGAGGCCAUAGUAAAAAAAAAAUUAAAUGCUGCGUUUGGUAUUUCUUACAAAAACGAAGAAGCAUUACUUGACCUGUUUUACUCUAGUAUUAUACCUAUGACAUAUUUCACAAGGGCGUAAAGGAUUUUUGAACAUCUAAAUUAAAAAUUAGUAAAUAGUUUUCUAAUAUGGAGUAAUACAGAUCUUUGAAUACUAAAUUAUAAGAAUUAAGACAAUUGAAAAAAAGUCAUAUUUAAAUUAUAAAGAGCAUUUUCAUAAAUAGUGCCCAGUAUUACAAUAUAUGAUUCUACCACAGAAUUAUAUACAAGAAGUUCCACGCCACGCCACUGCCCUGUAUACUAGAAGUUUUAUCUGUCACGCCUGUAGAGAAUAUAUUGCUCUGCCCGUUUGUUGUAAGUCAUACACUAUUUUGAACUUUUAAAAAAAAGUUUGUAACAUUCACUUAUCUUAAUAAUAACUCUACAAUUAAACAGCUUCUUGAGGUCUUGAUACAAAAUUCAACUUUGUUAUCACUAUUAGUUAGUUUUGUUUCCACCUGUAUACUGCUGUAUUGUUGUUACAUCAUG